GCAAAAGAGGUUGAUAUUAUUUUCUUGGAUUUUGCCAAAGCUUUCGAUUCGGUUUGCCAUGUGAAGCUUCUAUCUAAACUGCGAUUAUUAUUUGGUGUUGAAGGUCUUUUGUUAGAUUGGUUUAGGGCAUAUUUGAGUAAUAGACAACAGCGUGUUAUUAUUAAUGGAACUCGCUCCUCUUGGGUAACUGUUGGUUCUGGCGUCCCACAGGGAUCGAUACUGGGACCAAUACUGUUUUUGCUUUUUGUGAACGAUAUGCCUGAGGUUAUAUCAAAAUCACUUUUAUUUGUGUUCGCCGAUGAUUCGAAGUGCCUCAAAGGAUGA